UUUUUUUUUUAUUAUUUCUCUUCUCUUUUCUCUCUUCUUUUCUUUUUUUGCUCUUUUAUAUAUAUAUAUGCUACCUAAUUCCCGUAUUAUUCCACCCAAUAAUAAUGCUCGACGAAGAUCAAGUUCAGUUAUCUUAGAUAGCAAUACAUUUAAGAAAGGGUUUAUAUCUCGACUAUUAACUAAAGAUCAACCUACUUCACCACCAAUGCCUACUCAUGAUAUCCAAAGACCAAAGUUUGAUACUGCUUUAGGAAUCCAAAAAGACGAAUAUCCUAGUUAUACACCACGCUCUUCUUCAGAGCAUUCUAAGUCUUCUUCUAUUUCAAGUUCAAAAAAUGCAUCCAGUGGAUUUGGCAAACUGUUUAAAAAAAGAGGCAAGACUUUGGACGAUGACAUUUUUCUAAACCAGGAAGCAGACCAACCUCAUAUUCGUCCCAUUCAGCAUCAACAGAGCAAAAAGCAUAACAAAAUCCCACUUGCUCCACCACCAAAUUACCCAAGAUCAAGAGCUAUUUCUCAGCCAAAUCAACAACAAUUUUUGACUAAUCUACCUGAUCAUUUAUUAACAAAACGACCUACUGUUGACCCUAUUCUGAUUCCAACGCCUUUACCGAACGAACAAGACAAAACUGAGUUGUCUAGUUUAGAGAUGCAUAAGCCUACUGCUUCUACUUCUACUUCUUCGUUACGUAAAUCAUCUGGAUCUUGUUCUAUUUACUCAACAUUUGGUGGUGAUGAAUCCAUUUAUUCUAUAGACGAUGAUUCUCAACGACAAAGAUACUCAAGUAAUUCAGUUGCUUGUGAAAGUGAGAGUUCAUUUACUACUGUUGUAUCUCAUCAACAGAAUUUUGAAGAAGACGAAGACGAAGAAGCUGAUGUGGAUUCUAUCACAACAACAACAGAUGAUGAUGACGACGAUUUUGUAGAUGCCACAGGUGUCUCACAAGAAGAUAUUGAAAGAGAAAAAAGACUGUUGAAUCAAACAAGUCAUACUGAACAAUCAGAAGAGAACAAUAGCAGUCUAACCAAACGAUUAAGUGGGGGCCAUUUUGGAAGUGCAGGUGGACUUGUUGUAAGCAUUCAAAAGGGUGAAAGAAUCCUCUCUAGUUCUCCACCUGCCCCACCUCCACCUACAAUCCCUAUCCCUCCUGUACCUCCUAUUCCUCAACAACAUAACAACAAACGCAAAAAUCAGAAAUUGCCUGCUGAUGAUGAUCUUGCUAAAUCGAUGCUAAAUUGGAAGCGUCAUAGCGGUAACAGUAAACGCUUAAGCGUACGCAGUAAUCAACAAACACUGUUUAAUGGUGAAGAUAAACAUGCAAGCACCAUUACUGUAGUCGAUCUUCGAACAGCCAAACAAGAACGCGAAGAAGAAGGAGAACUUUCCGUCUCUGAUAAAAUGGCAUUGCGCAAGCAGGCAGAAAAAGCAUUGUCAGGCCAUACAAGUACAUUGUCUUUAGACGAAUCUUCUUUGUUUAUGCCUAAAUCGACAUCAGCGCCUCAUUUACUUAGUUCUUUAUCGCUUGAUUCUACACUCAAGGCACCACAUCAAUUAUCUGAUGAAUUCUCAAAAACACUAGAUGAUGUCUGGAAAACGUCAGAUGAUACACUUCACUUGUUUGAUGAUCCUAAGAGUAAAGAGUUACAUAGUACAAUCAAGAUCCAUGUUGCAGAUCAUGAUAGUGCCAAGAUUGAAGUGGAUCUUGAACAACAAGAGCAAGAAAAAAUAAAGAAUGCAGCCUUAUCUUUAUGGCACGAAGACGAAACAAUUGUAGCAAAAGAGAAAAUGGCCGAAUGGCUGGGUCAAGGAAAGCCAUUUAAUUCUGCUGUGCUAUAUGAAUACAUGAAAUACUUUGUAUUUUCUGACAUGCGUCUAGACAGUGCAUUUAGAAAGCUAUGUAACAAGCUCUAUUUCAAGGCAGAAGCACAACAAAUUGAUCGCAUCUUGGAAUCCUUUGCCAAUCGUUAUUGGGAAUGUAAUCCAAACUGUUUGUUUGGUAGUGCAGAUGUUGUAUACGCUGUUGUCUAUUCUCUGCUAUUGCUAAAUACGGACCUACACGUUGCUCAAGGAAACCACACUAGAAUGACGCGUUCUGAAUUUAUUCGUAACACAAUGUCAACCAUUCGUGACCAGAAAGACGAGCACAAUAGCCCUGACUAUCGGAACUGGGAAGCUGAAGUAGAAUAUAACCUCAAGGAGAUGUACAUCUCUGUCAAACACUAUCAAAUUUUGCAACCCCUAUCAAGAAAAACAAGCUUGAGUAAAAGAGGCAGUAUUUUAGGAAGCCGUCGGGUGAUUGGAAUCAAACGCAGUGUGAAUUCAAUUAUACGUAAAUCAGGCAGGGAAAGUAUGCUUAUUUUAGACGGACAAGAUCAGAUAAUAACAGCUUCACCAACAAGCUUAGCUCCUUCACCACCACCCACUAUUCCUCUUCCACCUUCUCCUGCGCCCUUACCGAGAACAAGUAUUAGCUCAGGAUACACUCGUCCAUUAACACCCUCUUCUUCUAUCAAGUCACCUCGAAGAGACUCAUUUUCCUCUGCCAGUUCAAGCGCAGCUUCUUUAAGCUCGCGAUGUGGCUCGCCACAUCCAACGCAGUCAAUAAUGCAAUAUGUCCCACAUGCCACACAUCUUUUUUCAAGCCGACCACCUUAUUUUAAAGAAGGUCUUGUGAUGCGCAAACAUUUACUCGAGAAUGCAACACAAAAAGCACGCCACCGAGAAUGGAAAGAAUGCUUUUUAGAAGUAGGACAUGAAGGCGAAUUGCGUAUGUAUGCACUACAGGACACAAACGAUCAUAACAAAAGCCUGUUCCGUCACUCAAGUACGGUACCUCAUUUUUCAGACAUGAAACAACACAACAAAUGGGCUACUAGUUCACAACUGAUUGGUAAGAUUGGAUUGAAUCAUACACUAUCAAAUCCUUUACCGCCACCGGGAUACAACCGACAAAGACCACAUGUGUUUGCAUUGCAACAGUCGGACGGCGGGGUUUAUUUGUUCCAAGUAGCUUCAGCGGAGCAAGCACAAGAAUGGGUGAUGACUUGUAACUAUUGGGCUGCAAGGGAAAGUAAAGAACCCUUGCCUGGUGGUGUGAGUAACAUGGAAUAUGGCUGGGGAGACUGUCUGAAUGAUGUAGUGAUGGACCUGGACGCGAUGCACAAAGGCUAUCAUCAAAAAUCGCACUAUUAUGAUAACAUGCAAGACCCUGAUUCGAUUAUGAUACAAGAUUGGAUUCCGCCUACGCCAACGAUGGUCUCGAGUCAAUUAGAUGAAAAAGAACAAUUUGAAGCACUUCAAAAGCAUUUAGUUUAUCUUAAUAAUGAAAUUAAUUGUCAUAGAGAUAUUAAGAGUAAGAUUUUAAUCAAGUUUACAAGCAAAUGCCAUAAUUAUAACAAAGUCCUAAGUAAUUGGGAAGCAAGGUCCAAAUAUUUAUUACACGAUAUAAUCAAAUACCAAAACUAUUGUGAUGCUUUAGAGAAAAGCAUUCAAAAGCAACAACAAUUGAAGCCUGAAGAGGAACAAACACCUGUAGAAGAAGUGCUUACUUUACACGAAAGUAUAGCCACGAGUAAAUUAGAAUAUCAAUCAAGCGCUCUAGACUUGUUUAAAGAAAUUAAUCAAGAACUUCAUCUUGUAUAAUAAAAUGUAUUUUGGUCAUGGUGACACCUUGCAGAAGAAAAGGAGAGAUGAAUUGCAUAAGAAGGUAACAGCGAUCUCCUUGAGUUCAAACUCCGUAAGCCCCUUUUGAGUAUCCGACUUCGAAACAAUGUAACCAUGGGGGGUUGCAGCUUGAUGUCGGUAAUACGGAUCCAAGAACAAUAAUAGGAGUGGAGUUUGGAUAAUGAAAACUCGUUUUAUUUUCUUUCUAAUCAGUAGAUCUAGUAUAGCCAAGUAGUUUUUUUAAAAUAGCACUCAUUUCUUAUUGGCUCGCAACUUUCUUAUCUUUGUUACAUUGCAUAGCACUAAACAAUAGGUAAUUGUCAAAAAGAUUCGAGGCACAUCUCAAGUGCACGGUCACUUGACUUGUUGCUUCAGUAUAUUAUUGUCCC